AUGGUUCUUUCCUUCAAUUCUGAUGUUCAAGCACAAUACAAUGAGACAGAUACCACUCCAGAUUUCCCUCAACCUGUUCAUGCAAGCAAGCUGGUUGUAAUAGUGACCCUCUCAAUAUUGUUCACUGCAUCAUUUCUCUUACUUGUCUAUAUAAGGUUCCGGAGAACCAUCCCUCUUGAGCUCACCCACAGAAGUAGCCACCAUUCACCCAAUUUUCAAGCACUAACUCGGUCAAGAUCAAGGCAUUUAGGAAUAGACAGACAAGUGAUUGAAGCACUCCCAUUUUUCAGAUUCUCUUUCCUUAAGGGGUCCAAACAAGGCCUAGAGUGCACGGUUUGUUUGUCACAGUUUGAGGACGCCGAGAUUCUUAGACUCUUGCCAAAGUGCAAACAUGCUUUCCACUUGAAUUGCAUUGACAAGUGGUUUGAAAGUCACUCUACUUGCCCUCUUUGCAGGAAUAAUAUUGACCCUUUAGACAUCAAGAACUUCACCAACUCAAUCAGUUCAAGGUCCAUAAGAGUUCCUUCAAAUUUAACCCAGGACAAUAACCUUGAAAUCUUCGUUCACAGGGAAACUUCCCAUCAAGGGUCGUCGUCGUCGUCAUCAUCAUCAUCAUCAUCAAGGUUUAACCUCGGAAGCAGGUUUUGGAAUUUGGGCAGGAGCAACAAAAAAGAACUUCUCGUUGACCAAGAGGUUCAUGGAGCAAAUGGGACUCACGUGCACAAGUUCAAUCACAAAAUUGUUGUCUCCGAAGUUGUCAGAAGGAGCAGGUGGAAUUAUCUUAACUCUUCGGACAUGUUAUCAUUGAACGGUGAGAUGAUUCAUCACAUUUCAAGCAGAAGAUUCUCUCCAUCUGAUGAAAUGUUUCGUGCAAAUUCAAGCAUUUCCUCUAUUUUCAACGAGGAUGAGAGUGCAUUUACGUUAUUGAAUACUGCUGAGAAGAGAUCUCUGUCUGAUAUUGCUCAUGUUCCAAGGUUCAUAGAAACAUGCAAGCAGAAUAGAAUUGAACCGGGUGUGGCAUCAAGUGGGAAUAACGACAGGGAAGGGAGCCUGAGAAGGAUAUGGUUGGCAAUUGCUCAACGAACAGUACAAUGGUUUGCAGGACAAGAAAGAAACUCAACAGAGUUAGAGCCACAACAUUUAGCUUCGAAUGUUGGGACAACUUCGUAA